UUAGACAUUGUGAUAUACUUACUUUCUAUUACUUUCGUGGUCGACGGAGUUUGUUGCAGUUAUGGCAUCGCUAUUCAAGAAAAAGACCGUAGAUGAUGUUAUUAAAGAACAGAACAAAGAGUUGCGGGGAACGCAGAGACAGAUUGCAAGAGACCGGACAGCACUGGAAAAACAGGAAAAACAGCUGGAGAUGGAAAUCAAGAAAAUGGCAAAGACCGGGAACAGAGACGCCUGUAAAGUUUUAGCCAAGCAGCUUGUUCAAGUGAGGAAACAGAAAACACGUACAUAUGCCGUCAGCUCUAAGGUCACCUCCAUGUCAACACAAACCAAGCUAAUGAACUCCCAAAUGAAGAUGGCUGGUGCCAUGGCUACAACCACCAAAACAAUGCAAGCUGUCAACAAAAAGAUGGAUCCGAAGAAGACAAUGCAGACCCUGCAGAACUUCCAGAAAGAGACAGCAAAGAUGGACAUGACAGAAGAGAUGAUGAAUGACACACUGGAUGAGAUCUUUGAGGAUUCUGGUGAUGAGGAAGAAUCUCAGGACAUUGUGAAUCAGGUGUUGGAUGAAAUUGGAAUUGAGAUCUCAGGAAAGAUGGCUCAUGCCCCUUCAGCUGCCCGAAAGCAACCACGCGCCGCUACAUCCAAAGCAGAUGGGAUAUCAGACGAGGAGAUUGAGAGACAGCUCAAAGCUCUUGGAGUGGACUAGUGCUCACACACACACCUGAUUACUGCCUGGCAACAGGAGGCGACAGCAACACACAAACACGCAUUAGAGUACAUUCAUACCCAUUACAAAUACAUAGACACAGAUGCGGAUAAAUGGACGGUCCAAAAGCUUACAUUCACAGUCACGGACCUGCCUACUCUGGGAUAACAUGCCACAGAUGGCAAAUGCAAUUUUAUUUUUUUUAUUAUUUAUUUAUGACAAUAAGAGAGAUGACUAUCGAGGUUGAUUAGGACUCUUUCAGGUGAAUCACUGUUUCAUCUAGCUGUUAGAAGGACGAAAAUAACAAUAAAACGUUUGAAUACACGCGUCGUAAAUGAAUACAUGCAAUGCCUUCCAGACUAAGGCGGAUGAAAUCUACAAUAUCUGUCUCUUUGAUCCAUAACUCAGAAAAUCACAUUGGUGUAAACAAGUUUGACAGGAGAACUCUACCUCUAAACAUAAGUGACAGGGCUGCGUCUUUAGUCUUGCCGCGCUUUGUCUUGUCCUCACAGUACCUUGCUAUUCUCUCGGCGCAUAACAAAACACUUGUGUGAGUCACACCUUUUGUUUCUGUUCUCACCUUCGGUCCGUUUAUGAAUAGGAAAUGAUUUGGUUUGUCUUCUAGGUUCAUUUUGGUAAUUUUGAGUACGCAUAUUUUAUUCAGCUGCUUUUCAGGGGUGAUGCCAAAUCGUGAGAAGUGUGUUCCGGUUGAGCACAUUAUUUGAAGAGGGUUGCUCUCCUUCGUUUCUCAUGUGCCUGAAGUCUUGGGUUGACAGUGUGUGUGUUUUUUCUCUUGAGGCUGUGUAAGUGCAUUGAUCAAGACUUCAGAGAUGCUCGGAAGGUUCCUGUUAAUCGUCAGUUGUGACCAAAGUAAGGGUUGUUAUUGCAGCGCUCUGUGCUUGAUCUUUGGAGUUAUCCACAAAAGUUGAAUUUAGGCUGAGGUUGGUUAUGCACUGCAAUAUAUCGUAAGGAUGUAAAUAAUGUAGGCAUGGAAAGUUGAUCGUUUAUUGCUAAAUCCACAGUGAGGGUUUUGGAAUAUGGGUGAGGAUUUUCCUUUUUAGAAUUUGUUCACUGACAGGUAUUGUUCAAAUAUAAGGGGAUUGUAUACCCCAUUAACCAUGAAUAAAACUUUUAAUGAUA